ACCUCUGCUCUCAGACGUCCCCAAUGGGUGGUGCACACCCUCAUUCCUCUGUAAAUGCACUCUUCGCUCGCCUUUCCUCACUCCUCCACCGCUUUCGACCCAACAAUAGUGAGGCUACCGAACUUCCGCAACCCUCAAGGGUUUUGGCGUUCCAUCCGCACGCACUCCUCGCUCGCCUGUCGUCAUUCAUUCACCGCCCUCCACCUGAAAAUGAUGCACCUCACGAACUUCAGCAACCCUCCAUGCAUUCGCGGUUAGAUCCGCAUGUGCUCCUAGUUCACCUUUCCUCACUUUUGUCCCGAUCUCGCCUCGACGCUGACGACGAAGCCUAACCCCAUCCCACAACAACUUUGAGUUCACGUCCAGACGCACUCAUCAGCUGGCUGUCCUCACACUUCUGCUCUCAACCCCACACCAACGAAGAAAACGAAUUCACGCAACGCCCAAACCGCCCUUGUGUUGUUGAAGUGGCUGCAGUGCGGGACAGGAAGACUUUGGUUGUUGCUCGAGGGCCAAAUUUUGAGAAACCAAAACGAGCCUAUGAGCAACAAACCCAAUCGC